AUGGGAGCCAACUUGAGUUCCGAAGAAAAGUCCACAAGAUCUAGCAGAAGUAUCUUGGGAAAAAAACUAUCCUCCUCAUCCAUAUCAUCACAAGCAAAAUCAUUAUCCAUCAUACAACAUAGCAAUGAACUCAUCAACAAUAAUUACACUGCUCCAUCACCAUUAGCCUCCGUCUCAGAAAAGAGAAAAGGCAAAUUGCCUGAAGCAUUAAACCACCUUGAUACCUUAGCACCAAUAAACAAUAGUACAGUCAAAAGAUUGAAAUCACAACGCGUAAAACGAACUAGCACUAGUCAGCCACAUUAUCGAGAAAGAAUCAGUUCCAGUUUUUCCGUGAGCGGAUUUAGCAGUAAUCAUGAUGCAUUUCAAUUCUCCUCUGUUGCAGAUUCUGUCAUCACAGACAUGUCGCGCUUUUCUUUCAAUUCAUUUAUGGAUCAUAAGUUGGGAGAAGAUAACGAUUACAUUAUGUCGGUGCCAGAUUUUGAAUACCCUUCGCGCAUAGACACAAACUCACCAGAUACAGACAAUGUGUCUACUGUCCAAGAAAUUUUGGAUUUAUUAACUCAAAAUCCCGGAUUUACAUAUGAUAUUCUGACUAAUAUAUUCGCCUCUCCUCGUAUUCGCAAUAACCCUGAACUUCAACGUGAAGCAUUUAAAGCCGCUGAAGUGUGGAGUGCAAGACCUGAUGAUGUUUCUGCUAAAAUCUGUGUAGCUCGCUGCAAGUUAUGUGGUUGGGGAACUACCAAGAACUCCAGACAAGGCUUCAAAGAAUUACAACAAUUGGCCGAAAAAAACAACUGGGAAGCUUAUUACUACCUCGCGCAAUGUUGCUAUAACGGUGUGGAACAAGUCAUCUCCUCAAACGCUUCUGUCACCAUUCAACCCAUUGAUCAGAAGUUGGCUUGUUCCUGGUAUAAAAAAAUCAUUGAUACUCAUUGUGAUAUUCAAAGCGACCGUAUUGAUCAAAUCAUUGCUCAAGCAAAACUACUCAUUGCUGUCACCAACUUCACAACGGAUCAAAUUACGUGUGAGAAUCGUGAUGAAAAUAUCGGUUACAUUAAAGAUAGUGCAACCUUAGGAAAUAGAAAAUCUGAAUUUUUAAUGGCCUUGUUGCUUCGUACAAAACAGACCACCGAUUCAAUCAGUGCCAAAGAAUAUUAUAUUCGUAGUGCAAAUAAGAAUUUCGCUCCAUCUCAAAUCGAAUUAGGUCUCUUGUUAUUGCCAGAACAACCGUUAGAGGGUGUUUCAUGGCUAAAUAAAGCUGCAGCUUUGGGUGAUCCAAGAGCUUAUCAUCAUCUUGGUAACAUUUAUGAAUUUGGUAACCAUGUUCAUGUCAAUAUCGAUCUAGCUUAUGCCAAUUAUCAAAUUGCUGCUGAUAAUUUCAAUGACAGCGCAUCUCAAUUUAGACUUGGCAUUCAUUAUUCUGCCGGUACUUUAGGUUUAGAUCGCGAUGAAGCCAAAGCCUUUUCUUAUCUCUCUAAUGCCGCUUCCCAGCAACAUGCUGAAUCUCAAUACAUCCUUGGUAUUAUGCACCGUGAUGGCAAAAUUCCCGGUGUUCGUGAUUCUGCCCAAAACAAGAAAGAAGCUCUCCGUUUAUUCCGUCAAGCAUCCUCUCAAUCAUUUCACCCAGCUAUUAUUGAAACUGCUCUUUGUUAUGAACGUGGUAUCGGCGCAGCUAUUAAUCAUGCGACAGCAACCCAGUAUUAUGAGAUUGCAAUUUCAAUACCCGGCAAGUACCUGUCAGCCGCUCAGCUCACUUUUGCCAUCUUUUUACACAAGAAUGGAAAGUACAAAACUGCUUUGGAUCUAUAUUCUUUAGCCGCUGGCGUCAUUCAUUCUGAUCUCAAUACGCAUCCAGCUCCCAAAGACAUUGAAUGUACUGCAAAACUUAUGAUUGCUCUCUUUUAUUUGGAUGAAAAGGAUACAACUACUCCUUAUAGACCCAAAGAAGCAUUUGACAUGUUGAUUAAUCUUACCAAAAAUUCUACUCAAAGUGGUGAGGUGCAUUAUUGGAUUGCUGUCUGUUACGAAGAAGGUGUAUCUACGGUUGUGAAACCCAAUCUUUCAAAAUCUUUUGAACAUUACAUGAUCUCUGCCAAAUUAAACUACAGUGACUCUCAAUUCCAGGUGGGACAUAUGCUUUGUAAAGGUCUUGGUGUCCAAGAGGAUCGUUUAGCUGCAUUUGAUUGGUUACAUGCCGCAUCGAAACAAAAUCAUGCUAGUGCACUCUAUUAUGUCGGUAUCUAUUAUUACAAUGGCAGCGGCACUAUUGCUCGUAAUCUGGACCUUGCUCGUGAUUACUUUAGACGUGCUGCUGAAUUGGGUAACACUGAAUCCAUCAUUUCAUAUGCUCAAAUUUGCUACGGAAAAGUCAAGGAGAAUAAUUUACCAGCUUCAGAAAUUGAAAGAUUUUUACAAGAAUCCAUUCGAUGGUACAAAAAGGCUGCUCAAUUAAAUCAUCCUACCGGUUUACGUGAAUUAGGUCGCAUAUACGGUUCAAAAAAAGAUUAUAAAACUUCAUCAGAAUAUUACGAAAGAGCAGCUAAAUUGAACGAUGCCUUAUCAACAGUGAUUCUUGGUGGAUAUUAUGAGAAUGGACAUGGAGUCAAGAUGAACAAAGAAACCGCUGCAAGCCAUUAUGAAAAAGCUAUUGAACUUGGUCAACCUACUGCACUUUUUGCCAUUGCCGAACUUUAUGACAAAUUGAAGUCCUUUGACAAGGCAUACACCUACUAUGAGCGUGUCACUACCGACCCAAGAAUCUCUAAAAACUUGAAAUCGAGUAAAAUUUCGCACCUCAAGCUAGCUUUAUAUAGCCUUAAUUAUGAUUCCUUCACACUCCUUAACAAAGCAUCAACUUCAAACAAUAAUUCAAAUGAUUCCACCACCAUUCAAGAAUCGUUAUUUAAAGCAAAUAUACAUUCCUUACCAACAACUGAGGCUUUCCUGCUUUUAAAAUCUCUUGCAGAAAACGAAAAAUUCACUGAUGCUUACUUUUGGAUUGCUCAAUGUUAUCAAGAUGGCAACGGUGUAUCCCAAAAUUCCCAGGCCGUUUUACAUUGGUUAGAAAAAUCUUUAAAAGAAGGUAACGACAUGAAUGCUGCCAUGGAGCUUGCUUCUAUCUAUCAAAAUGGCCUUUACGGUGUCAAAAAAAAUAUCCCUUAUGCAUAUCAAUUAUAUCAAAGCUGUGGUGAAAGAAACAUUGUUGUCGGCCAACAUAAAUUAGGCGUUAUAUUUUGGCGUGGACUUGAAAUGAUUCCAAUCAAUCUGGGGAUGGCUGUCAUCUGGUUUACAAGAUCUGCUCGCCAAGGUUAUGCUCCAAGUCAUUGGGCUCUAGGACAAAUUGCUCUUGAAAAUGGUGACUUACAUAUAGCUAUUGCAUGGUGGGAAACCGCCAUGAAAUUAAAUCCUGUUGUACCACACAUGGAUCACCAUCUUUUGACGACAACCGGUGAUUCAGAAGCACUGAUCAAACUGGGAAAAAUCAUUCAACAACAACAAGAUUUUGAUGAUGGCUCCGUUACAAUAUACUCAGGUUCCACUCACAGCUCAAUCCGGGAUGAAGUUGAAUCGCUAUCAAGAGUCCAACAAGAAAACCAUGGCUUGGCUGUUCAAUGCUUUGGUCAGGCGGCAUUGAUGGGUAACGUGGAAGGCAUGUAUUUAACAGCUCAAGCUUGGCACAAAGACAAAGACUAUCCUGUUGCUUUAGAAAACUAUGAGAAAGCCGCAGCUCAGGGACACAUUCCUUCCCGUAUUAUGUGUGCCACGUAUCAGAUUUAUGGCUUGGGGGGUAAAGAAAUUGACACUAAAGCAGGUUACGAGGAAUUACUUUCCUGUUCUAAAAGUGAUACGGAUGCAUAUAUCCAUCUUGGUAGAUGUUGUGAACGUGGAUUAGGAACUAAUCUAAAUUUACCUCAAGCUCUUGAAUGGUAUUAUCUUUCUAUCAAAACAACAAAUAGUUCGGAAUCUAUGUUCCGCGUAGGACAAAUUAAUGCUCAACAAAACGAUGAAUCCGAAUCUGUUUAUUGGUAUCAACAAGCCAUUACGAAAGAUGACCACCCUCGUGCUCACUUUAGAAUCGCUUUCUAUUACGUUCAAGGAAUUUUAAAGGACAAUGAAUACGUCUUACAACCCGAUUUGUCCAUCGCUGUACAUCAUUUCAGAUCAGCUGCUAAGCAAAACGAUCAAGAUGCCAUGUAUGAAUUAGGUCAAUUACUUUUGACUAUUCGAGAUGAAACUUGCGCCGUGUUUUCAUUAGAUUUACAGGAGGAAGGACUCCAUUGGUUAGAAAUUGCCGCAGAUAAAGGGUCCAGAGAUGCUCAGCGUGAGCUUGGAAAUCUUUAUCAUUCUGGUCGUGAAGGCGAUGAAGAUGUCAUUUACAAUAUUGGUCAAGAUUUUGAAAAAGCUUACGAUUACUUUAGUUUCGCUGCACAUUUAGGCGAUAAAACUUCUGCAUUGUUUUUAGGUACUUAUUAUGAGCAUGGUAUUUGCGUCCCCCCAAAUAUUGAUCUUGCGCAAACGUGGUACACUGUGGCUGUGGAACUUGCACAAGAAGCUUCUGAUCAAUUACCCCUUUCUCACCCUUCAGGUUGGUGGCCCGCUCAGCUUUGUUUGGCCCGUGUCUUGCAUCAAAAUACUGAGACCCAAUUCGAAGCAUAUGCCUUAUUUCACACAGUUUUUUAUUCCCAUGAACCAGAACAGCACAUUUCUUAUCUCGAAAUGAUGCUUGCACAGUAUGAACUUUAUGGACUAGGCGGUGUAAAUAUACAAGAAGAAAAGGCAGUUUUGAAACUCCUUCAUUUAGCUGAACAAGGUUAUACCAAGGCAUUCCUUCAAGUAGCCCAAUGUUAUGAAAAUGGUGUUGGUGUCGAGCAAAAUUUAGAAAAAGCCUUAGAAUGGUAUGUUGCUUUGGUUCACAAUCCUGUUAUCGAUCAAGACAAUUUAGAUGAAGACGAUUUGGAGCAACUAUCUCAAGCAUACUUUAGCCUGGCUGAAUAUUAUCGACUUGGAAAAGUAGUCGCUAUUGACCAAGAAAAAUCACAGACAUUAUACCAAAUUGCUGCUGAGCGUGGUUCUAAAGAAGCCAGAAUGUUUUUAGCUCAUGUUGCACACCACAAUGAAUAA